AUGACCGGAACCGCUGGUCAAUUACUAAGUCACGUCGUUCCAGUUUGCCAAUGGAUACCGCAAAAUUCAACUAAUCCAUCUUCAACAAUUUCUGCUAUUCCAUGUCGUAUAACGCUUGAAAGUGAUUCAUCUAAUAACGCUGAUAACUCUGAUAACUCUGAUUAUGAUGAACCCUAUUAUUCUGAUUCCUCUCAUUAUUUUGAUGAUAAAGAUUCUUCGAGGAACGGGAGGAUGGAGCAAACUUUGGAAAAGACUGGCAGUAGAAAAAUAGUUGCAAGUAUUUUUCGGGAAUUUCCAUCAUAG